CCUCCUUUUAAUAAAUUGUUAGUAUUAGUAUUUUAUUAUUAUAGGUUACAAAACAUAAACAAAAAUUAAAACAUAUUUAUUAUACUAAUUAAAUUAGUAAACUAAUGUAUAUGAUCUAAGUUAAAAAUGAAUAAAAUAAUUAAUAUGGGCGUAAAACUUUCAAAUAGUAUCAUAAUUUAUUUAUAAUUUUAUUAUCAAUAAAAUAAAAGUGAUAAAAAAAUAUGUUUGGAAAACAUAAUGAUAAACAGUCGCGCAUGCGUAAAUGUCACAUGUUCUAUAAGAGUGUUGGCUUCAAUAUAGGCGUUAUAUAGGCGGAACAAUGAAUGGUUCCAUUCAUUGUAUAUGAUCUAAGGCUUACCUGAACGUGCUAACGAACCAUAUUUAUACCAAAUUGUUAGUCCAUGGUAUACAGUAACAGGUAUCCGAGCUUGGAUACUGAUAAACAUAUCUAUUCUGUGUCCAAAGUUUCGUUAAAAAUUAAUAAAAUUGGUUGUGAAGAUAACUAAAUUGUUAAAUUGUUUAAUAUUUAUAAUUUUCUUAUUUAUUAAGUUAGUUAAAUGUUGUUUACGAUAGUUUUAAAUUAAAUUUGUGUUUAUGUUGGUGAUUUUCUUAACCGACCCUUGUCUUACAUACCUAUACAUUUAAUACUAAAACUUAAUAACAUGAACGACGGUAAAUAUAAAUUAAAUUAUAAUUAUAUGUUUAAUAUUUGUAAAUUUAAACUUUAGGCAUGAUUAAUGGUUAUAUAAGUCUACAUAUAUGUGUUUCUAGUGAUUACUUAAGGCAGAGGUUCGAAACUAGAGUGCACAUUGGUGUGUCAGGAGCGUUAUCUUGGGAUUAUAUAAAGAGCACAGUGUUCCUUGUUUAAAUAAAGGCUGAAAAUCACUGUUUUAAUGUAUAUGUUAUUAUACAGAUACUAUAAAAUCUAUUUUUAUUUUCAUUCUAGUUUGUUCUCUAUACAAAUCUGAGCAAUAUUUUUGGCAAAAUGUUUGUACACAGUAUAUAUAUAUAAAAAAAAGUAACCAAUGUAUUACAGGCUUUGAGAAUCUAUAAGUAUAUCCACAUUUUGCAAGCGAAAACAUAUAUCUCAAUAAAAUACAAAUUCCCCGGAAUCCUCGAGCACACAAUUGAAUGAAAAAAAAAAAAAAUUAUCAAAAUUAAAACUUGUCUACCCAUGGAAACAAUUGAUUAUCUCAAUAGAAUUAUAAAAAAAGUUUUGGUAUUUAUAUUUAUUUAUGUAACCAAGUAAUAUGAGUUACAGGAGAACUUUGAAAUUGUCUUAUUAAUGACAAUUAUCUAUGUGAGCACCAUUUUAAGACAUAAAUUUUCCCUUCAAACUUUUUUUAACAUUCCCAAAAGGAGUCAUUUUUGAGUUUAUAAACAAAUUUUGUGUGUCUAAAUACGAGUUAGCCAUAUUUUUCACUUCUUUUAACAGUAAAUUGAUUAUACAUGUUGAUAAUAUUCACUGGUACGAAUAUUGCAAACAUUUAUUACAGUCUUAAAUUGAGAUUAGGCUGAAUAUCCAAAAUAUUACUUAUAUUAAAUAAUAUAUAAAUAAAAAAUGUAUAUAUAAUAAUAAAAAAUAAUAAAUAAAAGAAUGAAUGCAUCUCUUGGAGUAUUAUUAGUCACGUUUUACAUUUUAACUAUGAUAUAUAGUAGAAGCGGUUUAUUAAGAUCACGGAUUAUUGAUACAAUCACGUUAAUGAAACAAAAUGUCUUGGAACGGACUGGCCAUACAUUAAAACACUGAUAAUCAACUGGAUUAUUGAAACAAUAGUAUAUUAAAUUUACUACUAUACUACUGCGGUACUACAUUAUCUUAUCUUUACUAUAUAUUGUUACGUAUUAAUACUGAAUACCACUUGUCAAAUUAGUUUUGUUUAUUUUAACUGUUCUUUAUCAUAACUACAGUACCAACUAAGCUCUUCACUGUUAUUUUUUUAGUUCAGAUUUAGUGUAAAGAGGUAGUUAGUGUUUUGGCUUUGAGCAACAAUAUUCUUAUGAAAUAAUUCUUAUGGUCAUCAAGUUACUCGACGCAAAAAAACAAACAUUGAUAGAUUCAUAUUUUACCUAACAAAUGAAAUAAUUUAUUUUUUUUUUUCAUAGCAAAUAAAAUCAAUCGCUUAUUAGAAACAAUCGGUUAAUUGAUAUAUUUCAUCUUGGUCCAAAAGUGUUCCUGAUAAGCGGCUUCUACUGUACCAGAUGAUGAAUUUUUAAUUUGAAACCAGUUGUAUAUUACACUUAUCAUAAUACUUCAGGCGACAUUCAUUCUUUUAUUUUUAUAUAUACAUUUUUUAUUUAUAUAUUUAUUUACGAGUAUUGACCAUUUUAAUAAUUUUGUUUUUACUUUAUUAUUUUAUAAUUAAAAAUAUUAUAUUACAUGUUAUUUUUUUAAUUUAUCAUAUGUAUAAAGUUAAAUGUUUUAUAGAAGAGGUAAUUGGUCGCAAGCUUCUCAUUGAUGGUGAUGGAAUUGGCGAUGAUAGACGUUUAAAUAUUUUGUUGAAAUCAUACUUAAAGUGGUGCAAUACUAAAUAUACUGAUCCGUUUGAAAGGUAUAUUAACAAAUUAUUUUUAUAAUAUUAUAUAGAUUAUUGAAUUUUUAUAUUUUUUUGAUCAUUUUGAACUAGGUAAUGGAUAUAAAAACUAUUAAUUUGAUUUACUAAUUUUUUGAAAAUGUCAUAUGAUAUUAAUAAAUAUAGGUAAUAUGUAUCAACAAAUUGUAUUUUAAAAACUAACUUGACCAUUAGAUAUUUUGCAUAUUUCUAAUUUAUUUAAAUUUCAAUUCCAUUUUUAACAGCAAAAUUAAUUAAUAAAACAAUGAACAUGUUUUAAAAGUUAUAGUAUUUGUUAGAGAAUAAAUCACCGAUGAAUUUUGUGUACACCAAAUUUCAGAAUACAAUGGUUUCCCUGGUUAUCAAAACUUUUGUACACAGAUUUUUGUUAGUGAUUUAUCCACUGGUAUUGUGUUUUUAAAAUUGUUUUGCUUUAAAUUAAAUACGUAGAAAAUAAUAUAAGAUAAAAUUAUGUAUAUUAUUAUCAGUUCUUAGGACUUUGGGAAUUUAAAAUAUACUAAAAUACAUUAAAAAAAAAAACACCUAAAAGUCCAUCCUCUAAUGCUUUAAUUUAUAAAAUAUGAUAUCUUAACACUACAAUAAUAAAACAGAAAAUGCUGAAACUGGGGAUAGGUGUGCUACUGUUGUGGGUGGGAAGUUGGGGAGGUAGGACACAUAAGGUUAUUUCAUUUAUAUCUGUAAGCAACGAUAAACCAUUGCUUGACAAAAGAUGAUUCUGAGUGCAGUUUGGUAAUACAUAAUUUUAAAUGCUGUAAUUUUUUUUGCGAUUUAUCGUUUAAAAUUGAUUUCAAAACAUUUAUUAAAAAAAUAAAAAGUUGUCUGAUGAUUUUAAAAUUUUACAACGUCUAGGUAAGUCCAAUUUAAGUAUUAUUACUAAGUUUCAAGUCUCUAUCUGUAUUUAUAACCGAAUUGCAGCCGUAAAACUCCCAAAAAUUAAAAUUCCUUAAAAGCUCAAAACUGGCCCAAAUGUUUUGACGAUGAUACUUUAAAAAAAUAAAUCAAAAAGGCAACAAAAAAGGUAUCUUGUAAUUUUUCUAUUAAAUCAUUUUUUCUGGUAGAAAACGUAGUCUGUGUUUUAUAAAAUAAUGAAAUUGUGAAAUUGUAUGUUUUCUUAAGUUUUUUCCACAAGUGCUUUUCUUCUAUAGUACUAUCUAGACAAUGAGCUUUCAGAAAAGUUGCUACACGUAAAACUUGAAGCAAUUUUACUAGGAAAAAACAUGUAAACAAACUAGAAAAAAAAAAUAAACAGCAUUUUAAAACCAAUAGAUCCCUCACUGCACGCAUAAUUUAAAAGUAUCUUUUUAUUGUGUACACAUUUUUUUUUUAAAAAAAUGAUUAUGCUUAUCAUUUUUGUAAUAAUAGUAACUUUUAAUUUAUAAGUUAGAGCCAUUAGAAGAGGUACUUUUGUACCCUUCUACCAGUUUUGAUUUUAAAAAUAUUUUUGAAGUGUUUUUUUGUGGAUAUAAAAUGCAUGAAUUCCCAAGCACUAAUUAUUAUAACAAUAUUAUCUAGUCAAAUUUUCAAAUUUUAAACAAUUAAUAAAACAGUUUAAUUUUUUUGAAUUUCAUUGAAAUCCCCUUACUAUUCCAGUUUUCCAGAAGCUAUCACUUUUUUUUUUAUUUAUUAUAGAUUUAAUUAUGACUAGUGUUUUAUUAUUUUUUGUAGUCAAAAGGUUAUGGAGAAAAUGUUAGUUCAUCUUAAUUUAUGUGAACAUGCGAUGAAGAAAUCUCAAGCUGUAUCUCGUAUGAAUGUUGAAGAAAUGUUAAUGUAUGACAAUAUGUCAAGUGAAAUUGAUCAUAAUAUAAAAAAUACAAAAACUGAGAUUGAUUAUGCUAAAGAAGAACUAAAAAAAGCUAAAACUGUUAGACGCAACCGAAUGGAGUAUGAUGUAUUGGCCAAGCUAAUUAUUCAACAUCCACCAAGAACUGAUACUGCUAAACGUUUAGAUGAUUUAAAAGAUGAACUCCAAGCACUAAAAGUAAGUUUAUUAACUAGGUAAUUAAUAUAAUAAUUUAUGUAUAAAUAAUAUUAAUAAUGUUUAUUUUAGAUGACAAAAAAUGAAAUAAAUCAGAAAUUAGAUAAAAGACGAAAACAGUUGCAUGUACUUAUGGCUUCAUUAAAUGAUUUAACUGAUAGUUUGGAUGAAAAUGGUUCAUUGAGUGAAGAUAUGUCAUAUGAAACAUUCGAUGAUGAAGACCUUGACAUAUUAACAAGAAGAGAAGAUAUUGAGGAACCAAUGUCAGAAUAGUAUUUAAUAAAACAAAAUAGAUUAUAAUUUUUAAAUUAUUAACAAUUUUUAUAUUUUAUUAUCUUGAAAAUAUUUAUAAAAAUUUAUUACAUUUAAUUUAAUUUCAGAUUUUAAUUAUAUAAUUUAAUAUUUCAUAAUUAUUAAACUGGUAAAAAAAAAUAGGCAUUUAUCAUUUACUAUAUAUAUGUACAUUAAAAAAAAAUCUCAACCUCUUGUAAUUUGCAUGUUAAGUUCAUUGCUUACAAAUUUGAUUGCUUCCUUAAUUACAAUUUCCUUUAGAGAUUGGCUGGUGGCUAAUGCAAUUGAAAAUUUAACCACAUCAGUUAUAUCAACGGAUGAUAUUGAAUUUUUAAUAGCAUCAAAUAACUUCUUCUGUUUUUCAUAAUCUAAAUCAUGAAUAAUUUCUAUAAAAGAUUUAUAAUCUGGUGACAUGGAGUAAGCAGCUAUUGUACCCACUAUUCCACCUGAAAUAAAUAAAUAGUUAC